UACGAAGUAAACGUUAGUGUACGAUGCGGAGUUAGAUCAGAUGCAACUUGUGGAUCCGUGACGAGAAGAUGAAAUGGUUUCCCUGAUCGGAUUUAUUAGUUUGGUGGGGAUAUUUACGCUCUGCAUUCUUCUUUUACUGAUAUUCUUACUGAGUUCCAAGAAGUCUCAACUAUGCGUAGAUGACGAUCAAACAAUUGAAAUUUUCAAAAUUAUAGAAGCUCUAAGAGAGAUCUGCCCCGUGGGUUCAAGUAGAGGUUGGUCACUUGUUGAUAAUCAUUGUAGUUUGAGAUGCUGGCAAAGAUCAUUUCCUUUCCAAUUUUUUGGAUCUCAAAUUAAUGUUUAUGCCAGUUCAACAAGAUUAAACGUUCCAACAGUGUGCGUAUUGAAUGUUAUUGCUGAUGUAACAACUUGGCCAGAAUGGGAUCCGGCUAUUCAUCAUCAUCCGUUACAGGCUGAAAUUUCGGACGAUGUCGACUUACAUGGAGAUUGCUAUAUGCAGUGUGACCAACUUGUUGCCAUGACUGUUAGCAACAAUCCUAAACCUGGAAUAUUAAUGCAUAGAUUUGGAAAUUUAGAAGAAAAUGGUGUUGGAUGGAUACUUCUGUGGCAUUUAAGUCAUCUUAACUGGUGCUUUUUCCUUGCUCAACCUCUAGAAACUGCUGGAGGUAUAGAAUCAAAUCAUUGUCUUUUAACUAUGAUCUCAGGGAAAAAUCCAUACUCAACAGCAAAAGAAGAUAUGGCUUUACAGUUAGCCACUAAAUUAAGGAAUCUAAAAGAUGCAAUAUCGAGAAGUCGUUUACAGAUCCGUCCAUUUGUUUUAGUGUCAUCUUUAUCGAACCUGAGUAAUCCACAUCUACCCACAAUACAGUCUGCUCUAAGUGAUCUCUCGGACAAACCUUGUGUCUUGCUAAGAUCAAGCAAAAAUUCACUGAAGCCAAGAAUACAGUCGGACAUAAAACAGAGCAAUGUUUUAUCGGUCGUACCAUUUUCAACUACUAAGCCCAUUACUCUCUUGAAUCUCAAAGGGUUUGUGUUGGUUUCAAAGAAACCUACCUUGAAAAUGGAGGAUAAGGAAAAUGAACAAUUGGAGAAAGCAAAAAUUAGAAAAAGACAGAAAAGUCAACUCAGAAGCAUUUGUCAAGAAGUUGAGAGUAAAGAAAAUAUUAAAAAUUAAUGUUUGAAGUGAUAUUACUUUGAAAGAAUAGUUU